UCAUGUCCGACACGGAUAGCGACGAAGAUUCGGCUGGAGGCGGUCCCUUUUCUUUAGCCGGUUUUCUUUUUGGCAACAUUAAUGGAGCCGGACAGCUAGAGGGGGAAAACGUCUUGGAUGAUGAGUGUAAGAAGCACUUGGCAGGCUUGGGAGCUUUGGGUCUGGGCAACCUGAUCACUGAACUGACGGCGAAUGAAGAAUUGGCUGGGACUGAUGGUGCCCUGGUCAAUGAUGAAGGCUGGAUCAGAAGUACAGAAGACGCUGUGGACUACUCUGAUAUCAAUGAGGUAGCUGAGGACGAAAGCCGAAGAUACCAGCAGACAAUGGGGAGCUUACAGCCCCUUUACCACUUAGGAAUCAGGCACAUGGCGUCACACAUGCAAAGCAAGUACUCUACUGGUUAUGAUGAAGAUGACUAUGAUGCUGAUUGUGAAGACAUUGAUUGCAAGUUGAUGCCUCCUCCACCCCCACCUCCAGGACCAAUGAAGAAGGAUAAGGACCAGGAUGCUAUUAUCACUGUGUCUGAGGAUGGAGAAGGCAUCAUCUUGCCCUCCAUCAUUGCUCCUUCCUCUUUGGCCUCAGAGAAAGUGGACUUCAGUAGUUCCUCUGACUCAGAAUCUGACAUGGGACCUCAGGAAGCAUCACAGACAGAAUCUGAAGAUGGAAAGCUGACCCUACCAUUGGCUGGGAUUAUGCAGCAUGAUGCCACCAAGCUGUUGCCAAGUGUCACAGAACUUUUCCCAGAAUUUCGGCCUGGGAAGGUAUUGCGCUUCCUACGUCUUUUUGGACCAGGCAAGAAUGUCCCAUCAGUUUGGCGGAGUGCUCGGAGAAAAAGAAAAAAGAAGCACCGUGAGCUGAUACAGGAAGAACAGACCCAGGAGGUGGAAAGCUCAGUAGACUUAGAAGUUGACCAGAAGUCUUUGUGGAACUAUGACUAUGCUCCACCACCACCUCCGGAGCAGUGUCUUUCUGAUGAUGAAAUCACAAUGAUGGCUCCCUUGGAGUCCAAGUUUUCCCAAUCAACUGGAGAUAUAGAUAAAGUGACAGAUACUAAACCAAGAGUGGCUGAGUGGCGUUAUGGGCCUGCUCGACUAUGGUAUGAUAUGCUGGGUGUCUCUGAAGAUGGCAGUGGGUUUGACUAUGGCUUCAAACUAAGAAAGAUGGAACAUGAACCUGUUAUAAAAUGUAGAACAGUAGAGGACUUAAAGAAAUUUGAGGAAGGCAGUGGCGUGGAUCUUCUGGCUGAUGAAAACUUCCUGAUGGUGACACAGUUGCAUUGGGAAGAUGAUAUCAUCUGGGAUGGAGAGGAUGUCAAACACAAGGGGACAAAACCUCAACGUGCAAGCCUCGCAGGCUGGCUUCCUUCCAGUAUGACGAGGAAUGCCAUGGCUUAUAAUGUGCAGCAAGGUUUCGCAGCCACUUUGGAUGAUGACAAGCCUUGGUAUUCCAUUUUCCCCAUUGACAAUGAGGAGCUAGUAUAUGGACGCUGGGAGGACAAUAUCAUUUGGGAUGCCCAGGCCAUGCCCCGACUGUUGGAGCCUCCUAUUUUGACACUUGAUCCCAAUGAUGAAAACCUUAUUUUGGAAAUACCUGAUGAGAAGGAAGAGGCUGCUUCUAACUCCCCCUCCAAGGAGAAUAAGAAGGAGUCAUCUCUGAAAAAGAGUCGGAUUCUCUUAGGGAAAACAGGAGUCAUCAAGGAAGAACCACAGCAGAACAUGUCUCAGCCAGAAGUGAAAGAUCCAUGGAAUCUCUCUAAUGAUGAGUAUUACUACCCUAAGCAACAGGGUCUUCGAGGCACCUUUGGAGGAAAUAUUAUCCAGCAUUCAAUUCCUGCUGUGGAAUUACGGCAGCCCUUCUUUCCCACCCAUAUGGGACCUAUCAAACUCCGACAGUUCCAUCGUCCACCUCUGAAAAAGUAUUCCUUUGGGGCACUGUCUCAGCCAGGUCCUCACUCAGUCCAACCCUUAUUAAAGCACAUCAAAAAAAAGGCCAAGAUGAGAGAACAAGAGAGACAAGCUUCAGGUGGUGGAGAGAUGUUCUUUAUGCGCACACCUCAGGAUCUCACUGGCAAAGAUGGAGACCUAAUUCUUGCAGAGUACAGUGAGGAGAAUGGGCCAUUAAUGAUGCAGGUUGGCAUGGCAACAAAGAUUAAAAACUACUAUAAGAGGAAACCUGGAAAAGAUCCAGGAGCACCAGAUUGUAAGUAUGGAGAAACUGUUUACUGCCAUACAUCUCCUUUCCUGGGCUCUCUUCAUCCUGGACAGUUAUUGCAGGCAUUUGAAAACAACCUUUUUCGUGCCCCAAUUUAUCUUCACAAGAUGCCAGAAACAGACUUUCUUAUCAUUCGAACAAGGCAAGGUUACUAUAUUCGGGAAUUAGUGGAUAUUUUUGUGGUUGGUCAGCAGUGCCCCUUGUUUGAAGUUCCAGGGCCCAACUCCAAAAGGGCGAAUACACAUAUUCGAGACUUUCUUCAGGUUUUUAUUUACCGUCUCUUCUGGAAGAGUAAAGAUCGACCACGGCGGAUACGAAUGGAAGAUAUUAAAAAAGCCUUUCCUUCACAUUCUGAAAGCAGCAUCCGGAAGAGAUUAAAGCUCUGUGCUGACUUCAAACGCACAGGAAUGGACUCAAAUUGGUGGGUGCUGAAGUCUGAUUUUCGCUUGCCAACUGAAGAGGAAAUCAGGGCUAUGGUGUCUCCAGAGCAAUGCUGUGCUUAUUAUAGCAUGAUAGCUGCAGAGCAGCGACUGAAGGAUGCUGGCUAUGGUGAGAAGUCCUUUUUUGCUCCAGAAGAAGAAAAUGAGGAAGAUUUCCAGAUGAAGAUAGAUGAUGAGGUUCGUACUGCUCCUUGGAAUACCACAAGGGCCUUCAUUGCUGCCAUGAAGGGCAAAUGUCUCUUGGAGGUGACUGGGGUAGCAGAUCCCACCGGGUGUGGUGAAGGGUUCUCGUAUGUGAAGAUUCCAAACAAACCAACACAACAGAAGGAUGAUAAAGAGCCUCAGCCAGUGAAGAAGACAGUAACGGGAACUGAUGCAGACCUUCGUCGCCUUUCACUGAAAAAUGCCAAGCAACUUCUUCGGAAAUUUGGUGUGCCUGAGGAAGAGAUUAAAAAGUUGUCCCGCUGGGAAGUGAUUGAUGUAGUACGGACAAUGUCAACAGAACAGGCCCGCUCUGGAGAGGGGCCCAUGAGUAAAUUUGCCCGUGGAUCAAGAUUUUCUGUGGCUGAGCAUCAAGAGCGUUACAAAGAGGAAUGCCAGCGCAUCUUUGACCUUCAGAACAAGGUUUUGUCAUCCACUGAAGUCUUAUCAACUGACACAGACAGCAGCUCAGCUGAAGACAGCGACUUUGAAGAAAUGGGAAAGAACAUUGAGAACAUGUUACAGAAUAAGAAAACCAGCUCUCAGCUGUCACGUGAACGGGAAGAACAGGAGCGGAAGGAACUACAGAGGAUGCUGUUGGCAGCGGGCUCAGCAUCAGCAGGCAAUAAUCACAGAGAUGAUGACACAGCUUCUGUAAAUAGCCUUAACUCUUCUGCCACUGGCCGGUGUCUCAAGAUUUACCGUACAUUUCGAGAUGAAGAGGGGAAAGAGUAUGUUCGCUGUGAGACAGUUCGAAAGCCAGCUGUCAUUGAUGCCUAUGUGCGCAUACGGACCACAAAAGAUGAGGAAUUCAUUCGUAAAUUCGCCCUUUUUGAUGAACAACAUCGUGAGGAGAUGCGAAAAGAACGGCGGAGGAUUCAAGAGCAACUGAGGCGGCUUAAGCGGAACCAGGAAAAAGAGAAACUUAAGGGUCCUCCUGAGAAGAAACCGAAAAAAAUGAAGGAGCGUCCUGAUCUAAAACUGAAAUGUGGAGCUUGUGGUGCCAUUGGGCAUAUGAGGACAAACAAAUUCUGUCCCCUCUAUUAUCAAACAAAUGCUCCACCAUCCAACCCUGUUGCCAUGACCGAGGAGCAGGAGGAGGAGUUGGAAAAGACAGUCAUUCAUAAUGAUAAUGAAGAGCUUAUCAAGGUUGAAGGGACCAAAAUUGUCUUGGGGAAACAGCUCAUUGAGAGUGCAGAUGAGGUUCGUAGAAAAUCUCUGGUUCUCAAGUUCCCUAAACAGCAACUUCCUCCCAAGAAGAAACGUCGAGUUGGAACCACUGUUCACUGUGACUAUUUGAAUAGACCUCAUAAGUCUAUCCACCGGCGCCGGACAGAUCCCAUGGUGACACUGUCAUCCAUUUUGGAGUCUAUCAUCAAUGACAUGAGAGAUCUUCCAAAUACAUAUCCUUUCCACACGCCGGUCAAUGCAAAGGUUGUAAAGGACUACUACAAAAUCAUCACUCGGCCAAUGGACUUGCAAACACUCCGAGAAAAUGUGCGGAAACGCCUUUAUCCAUCUCGGGAAGAGUUCAGAGAGCAUUUGGAAUUAAUUGUGAAAAAUAGCGCAACCUAUAAUGGCCCGAAGCACUCAUUAACACAGAUCUCUCAAUCCAUGCUGGAUCUCUGUGAUGAAAAACUCAAAGAGAAAGAAGAUAAAUUGGCUCGUUUGGAGAAAGCUAUCAACCCCUUAUUGGAUGAUGAUGACCAAGUGGCAUUUUCUUUCAUUCUAGACAACAUUGUGACCCAGAAAAUGAUGGCAGUUCCAGAUUCAUGGCCAUUUCAUCACCCAGUUAAUAAGAAGUUUGUUCCAGAUUAUUAUAAAGUGAUUGUCAGUCCAAUGGAUUUAGAGACUAUACGUAAGAAUAUCUCCAAGCACAAGUAUCAGAGUCGGGAGAGCUUCCUAGAUGAUGUCAAUUUAAUUCUAGCGAAUAGUGUUAAAUAUAAUGGACCUGAGAGUCAGUAUACUAAGACUGCUCAGGAAAUUGUGAAUGUCUGUUACCAGACAUUGACUGAGUAUGAUGAACAUUUGACUCAACUUGAGAAGGAUAUUUGUACAGCUAAAGAAGCAGCUUUGGAAGAAGCAGAAUUAGAAAGCUUGGACCCAAUGACCCCAGGGCCCUAUACACCUCAGCCUCCUGAUUUAUAUGAUAACAACACAUCCCUCAGUGUGUCUCGUGAUGCCUCUGUAUUCCAAGAUGAGAGCAAUAUGUCUGUCCUAGAUAUUCCUGCUGCCUCUCCAGAAAAACCAGUGAUACAGGAAGGUGAAGAUGCAGAUGGUGAUCUAGCAGAUGAAGAAGGAACUGUGCAACAAACUCAAGCCAGUGUCCUAUAUGAGGAUUUGCUUAUGUCUGAAGGAGAAGAUGAUGAGGAAGAUGCUGGAAGUGAUGAAGAAGGAGAUAAUCCUUUUUCUGCAAUCCAGCUGAGUGAAAGUGGAAGUGACUCUGAUGUGGGAUCUGGUGGAAUAAGAUCCAAGCUGCCACGCAUGCUUCAGGAGAACACAAGGAUGGGCAUGGAAAAUGAAGAAAGCAUGAUGUCCUAUGAGGGAGACGGUGGGGAGGCUUCCCAUGGUUUGGAGGAUAGCAAUAUCAGUUAUGGGAGCUAUGAGGAGCCUGAUCCCAAGUCGAACACCCAAGACACAAGCUUCAGCAGCAUCGGUGGGUAUGAGGUAUCAGAGGAGGAAGACGAUGAGGAGGAAGAGCAGCGCUCUGGGCCGAGCGUACUAAGCCAGGUCCAUCUGUCAGAGGACGAGGAGGACAGUGAGGAUUUCCACUCCAUUGCUGGGGACAGUGAGUUGGACUCUGAUGAAUGAGGCUUCCUUUGGGCCUCCUUGGUCAGCCUUCCCUGUUCUCCGGCCUAGUUGAUAAACCUUUCCCCAAAUUGUUUAUAUUCAUUACUAAGUAAAUGAUAAUCUCUUCUGGUCUUCCUGGGGGCAAUAUCACCCUUUGAUUUACAACCAGGUAGCCUCGUUCCCUUUGCACUAACAAAAAGCGCCAUUUCCUCCUCCAAUGUCCUCCUUUAACUCCGUUAACUUUAACUUUAUUGUUCUUGUUACCAUUUUUACCCUGGUGAAAGAGGAGAAAUUAUGAAACGACUAAUACAUUUAUGUCCUCUUUCUGUGCUAGAAAUACUCCGAGCAUGGUAUUAUCUCAGUUUUCUAAUUUGCAGGCUGGAGCAAAUGACAGAAUUCUGCUGGGUUCUGGUGGAUGCUUGCCACAGUAGAAAACAAACCUAUCGGACUAUGCCAUUUGUCAGUGCCUUGUUCCUAAAUGUAUUUGAGGGAAAGGACUAUAAAUCUUAAAGCAACCUAUAUGUCAGAAAUGAUAUGUUGCCAUGUAAAUGUGUUCUGUCCGUCCCCCAACACCUCACACACCUAGGAUUUUAAAAUAGUAGGAAAAUGGUAAGUGUCUUAGGGCAAACAAAGACCGUCUUCUGUUUCUUUUCAUGCUAAGGAUAUAGUUCCGUGCAGAGUACAUACUCAGUAAAUGUUCCUAAAAUUAUGAAAUUCUCAACAAGUUUGUCAUUGAACAUCUGCUCUAUAAUAAGCACUCUACCAGAUCCUUGGGAUGCAAAGACACAAUUCUUUUGUGUAAAGAGCUCACCAUUGAGUGGAAUUGAACCAUGUUAAAAAUCAUUGAAGUACUGUCAGAUAAGUGCAAUUAAGAAGUUAGAUAUCAAGUAUAGGAAGAAAUAACGGAGUGAGUAAUAAUGUUUGAAAAAGUCAGAUGAGUCUUCUCAGAGGUAACUUUUAAGCUGAAUUUUGAAGAGUUAGGUAAAGCUUGCUAGAUGGAAAAGUCUAGACAAGAGUGUAACUUGAAGCAAAGUGGCAGAAAUAUAGAAGUGGCAGAGUGUGUUCCUAGUUUGUUUGUUUGUUUGUUUGUUUGUUUGUACCUGCCUUGUUCCAGGAAAAAAGUUAUUUAUAUUCCAGUCUUUUUACGCUGGAGUAGCUAGUGAUCAAACUAAAGAUGGGCAAUUAGUAUAUCAUAAAGAACUUUGCAUUUUAUGCCAGUGUGAAUUUUAUUUAGAAGUUGUGGAAUAAUGUUGUAUUGAUGUCUUUUUAAGAAAUUUCUGUAUAGCAAAUGAAGAAAUUGAAAAAUCUUUGUAAUGGACAGUGUGAUCCCUUUUUUAUGAAAGACAAAAAGUAUGUGUACUUGAAUAUGUUUAUAUCUGCUUGUAUAUGAAUAGGAAAAGGUCUGAAAGGAAUAUACUGAACUGUUCAUAGUGGUGACCUGGGGAUGGGGGAGGGGGCUAUGUCAGCUGAGUGGGUGUUUGAUUUCUGU